AUGCCUGAGAAAACUGUUAUUAUCACAGGCUGCAGUGAUGGUGGUAUCGGAAGUGCCCUCGCGCUUAAAUUCCAGAAAUUGGGGUUUCAAGUAUUUGCCAGCGCUCGAGACGUGUCCAACAUGUCAGCGCUCGAGGGCUUAUCUAACAUAAUCUACUUGGUGCUCGAUGUAACGAACCCUCAACAGCUUCAUAACGCGGUGAAGCUUGUCCGCAACAGAUGUGGGGGCUCUCUUGAUAUUCUUAUAAACAAUGAUGGUCAUAAAUAUUUUUCGCCAGUGCUCGAUAUCGAUUUAGCUGAAGCGAAGAAAAUCUACGAUAUCAAUGUUUGGAGCCCUUUGAUGCUUAUUCAGAAGUUUGCGCCGCUUGUUAUUUCAGCAAAAGGAUCGAUCAUCAACAUCACUUCUAUCUCAGGCUACGUGAAUGUUCCCUAUAUGGGACUCUAUGCGGCAUCAAAAAGAUCUUUAGAGAUUCUCAGCGAAACGCUACGCCUUGAAAUUCAACCAUUUGGCAUUCAUGUGUCAUCUAUUGUCACUGGUGCGGUUCAAACAAAUGGACAGACUCAUUUUGAUGACAGGAAGCUUCCCCAUGACCCUUUGUACAAGCUUAUUGAGAAUACUAUACACAAUAGAGCUCGCGCCGGUGAUGGUGUUCUCCGGAUAAACACAGUGGAGUAUGCAGAGCAAGUUGUGAAUAGUAUUGUCGGCCGAAAAUGUAAUGGAAGGUUUUGGUGUGGCACAAACGCAACACAGACUAAGUUUGGAUCAGCUAUAACACCACAAGGGGUUUCGGAUGGCUUCAUGGUGAUGGGGUACGUGUGGGAUGAACUUGCAAGCAAAUCGAAGGAGAAUUAA